GAUGCUGGAACCGGCCAGUUUUUUUGCUGGAACGGGCGACAGGAGAUGAGGAACCGGCUUUUUAAAAAGCUUCAACCAUGUACUGGGAAGCUGCAACCGCAUGCACGAGUGCUGCAAGCCGUCUACACCGGAGCUACAACCAGAGGCGCCGGUCGCCGGCGAGGCUGCAAGCACGAGCACUCGGAGUUGUAGCCGACGGUGAUGUAUGCUGGACUGGAGAUGAUGUGUGCUUCAACGACGGGAGAUUGAAACCUGCUGCGAGGUCCGGCGAGCGGCAUCAAUGGAGGGGGCGUUGCUGGCCGUGAAGCGUGGCGGCAGUGAUUUUUGUUUGCGACCUGCGCGACAAGGUGAUGCGAACCCGGCGGCGACGAUGGUGACUAGCGGUGCUGGAGCCGCGGGCGCGUGCCCGGUGGCACAUCAGUUGGUGCGUGCGGGCUGCACUUUGUUCACGAUCCACUUUUUCCGGGUAGGGAGAAUCAGUGGGUGGAGACGUUGACGUUGACUUUAUGCUAUGAUUAUCUAAGGGCCAUCAGCGCAUUAA